UAUUGACGGCAGAGGAAGGUUAGCGAAACUGUCUGAAAUGACACUGGGCACGUUGUCAGGUCGCAACUGUGUGACACCGUCGGGGAAUUUUUCAAAGAUUCGAGCUCCAAUCACAAUCGAUCGGAAGAUUUCUUCUCGAUAGGUUCCUCCGUCGUCCACUUCCGGAAUGCGCUAGGCUAUGUCAAUUGCUUACCAUAGAAUCCGAAAGCAUUUCUUGGGACGCCACGAUCUCAACCGGGUGGUAAUUGUGUACGAAAUCUCUGACUAGUGAGAUUGUUUACAACACAAGAUACCUGGCAGAAUCUAGCUCAGGACACUUUCGACCUUUUCACCUAGUGGGGCCGAGAUCUCUCCAAUCAUACGUACUUGAGGAGAGCUUCGGAACAAAUCAAUACUCAGCUCAAGGUUUUGUAGACAGUUCUGCUUGUGCAGGUUACUCCGGAGGAUGCUGAGUCUAGCUGCCGGAGCUUCUAUCCAUGCUCUGGCGUGUCUGGAUUUUCGUGGCCGCCUCGAGAGUACUGCACCAGUCGAUUUCGCCGCAGUUUGUCAAGAGAAAAUAAGAAUCAAGAAAUGAAGGAAUAACUUCAACAGUGCAACCAUAUGAAGAAUGGAGCAGCACAAUCGACAAACCAAGAGCCAAACCCUUGGAUCAAUGCACUGAAGUGGAGAGAAGGGUUGCAGAAUUAGUUGCAAGUACGACGUCUUCAACUGUCGAAGAUAAGCAUUUACAGGAGGCGGAAGAGCAAGUCUGUUCACGAAAAUGAAGGAAGACAACAAAAAGGCGAUUGCGCCAAUGGUUGAGGACUCAUGGAUGCCGUUUCGAGGCCGCAGCUUCCAAAACCGAGUGGCAUAUGGGAUGUGCUUGAUUGCAGCGAUCUGCACACUCGGUUUGUUCAUCUUGAACUCGUCCACAUUGGAUCUAAGCACGCUCACCUCUGGCAGUCCAAAGCCUGUUUAUGGCCCACAGAAGAUGACUCCUGAGGAGGUACGCGAGCAUCUUGCAGUGAUUGACAAGGGCUUGCAUGAAUAUCUGAACAGGAGCAAGCCAUUCACGAAAUUUGGUCUUCCGGUUGUUGGUUGGGAUGAGACUCGCAAACAAGCGAUACGGCGUAGCACAAACUCAUCCAGUGGAGUAAAUCCCAAAACGCGUAUCAUGCUUAUCACGAGCUCCCACCCUAAGAAGUGUGACAACAAGCAAGGCGAUCAAAUGCUUCUAAAGUCCAUUAAGAACAAGUUGGACUACUGUCGGAUACAUGGAAUAGAACUCUACUACAACAUGGACAAGAUUGACGAUGAGAUGCUGGGGUGGUGGGUGAAGACGUUUCUGACUCACAUGCUUAUGAAGGAGCACCCUGAGAUAGAUUGGUUCUGGUGGAUGGAUAGCGAUGCAAUCUUCACGGACAUGACCUUCGAGCUCCCGUUACAUAAGUACGAAAAUUACAACAUGGUGAUGCACGGCUGGGACGAUGCUGUGUACGAGAAGCGGAGCUGGUUGGGCCUCAAUGCCGGUGUGUUUUUAAUCCGGAAUUGUCAAUGGUCAAUGGACCUGCUUCAUGCUUGGGCGCCCAUGAGCCCGAAAGGCAAGAUUAGGGAUGACGUGGGCAAAUUUCUUUCGAAGGCGCUUCCUGACAGAGGCAAAGGUGAGGCAGAUGACCAAUCUGGUUUAGUCUAUCUCAUGAUCACAGACAGGGAACGAUGGGGAUCCAAGGUUUAUCUCGAAAGCUCCUAUUAUUUUCAGGGUUAUUGGAAGGUACUUACAGAGAAAUUUGAAGACAUGAUGGCGAAGUACAAGCCUGGAAUUUACGGAGAUGACCGGUGGCCUUUUGUGACACAUUUUUGCGGAUGUGAAUUCUGUUGCGGAGCUAUCAAUCCUGAGUACACUGUUGAUCGAUGCUUGACUCAAAUGGAGCGUGCUGUGAAUUUUGCUGAUAACCAAGUCCUUGAAAGAUACGGCUUUAUCCACAAAUCAUUGAAAUCUGCCGAAGUCGAGUCGAGAGAGGCUGCGAAGAAUCGAACUGCAAAAGCAUCUGUGGCUGCAAAAUCCAAGAAAGCAGUAUAGGUUCAGGCUAAUCCUCACCCUUCACCCCAACUCCAGUGCUUAAGCAAUAAUGCUCUCGAUGGCUUAACUGACUUGCUAAUCGGCUAGUCUGGUAAUCGUGUUGCUUUGAUGCUUUUAUUUUGAGACGAGUAUUGUACACAAUCUCGAGAGUAAGAUGACGGCGAACGUAUAGCAACCAAAGAGUGCUACUCAUUAACGUAUUAUUAGAUUGCAUCGCCAAAACACAAAUUCAUUUGAAAAGAAUCGACAACUACUGUACCUGAAAUGAGUCACCCGUAUGGAGGACACUUCUGGUUGCUUGAGUUCUAGUUUGGCUAGAGGCAUUACAUAAUGACCAGUAGGCACCUCAUUGCAACUUAGGGCACCUUAGGUAUCGCUGAUAGAGUUUGAUCGCUGGAACAAACAUCCGGUGCGAGUCAAACAGCGAGGUCAUUCUGCACAAAUUAUUACUUGCAGUGGCUGAGUAGAUAUGUAGAGACGUAGAGACCUGUAAUCGGGGGGGAUAUCUCUUCAAAGGUCGACCUAGUUAUGUAAACUGCCGAUGUUAAGAUCUGCACGUGGUUCCGAUUAAGAUCAGUGUUUGUGAAAUUUAAGAACCAUUUGUUUUGUA